UGACCCUGAGGGCAAAUGAGGCCAGGGACAGGUCAGGUGGGCUCUGAGGCCCCCUGGGGGCAGAGACCUGGCCCCAAGUCAUGCUGGCCCCUGCUGCUGCUGGGCUUGGCUGUGGUUGCCCAGGGCCGGCUGCCCCCGACGACAGUAGCCCCACCGAACAGCACCCCAGAGCCCAGAGCCCCAGCAGGAAGCAGCUCUCGGAGCCUGUGGGACAGGUUCCUAUUCUGGCCUGGGCCCCAUGGAGCAGGCCCCAGGUGCUGGCCCGGUGGGUUUUGGCCCGAAACUCAGUCACCCUGGUAUGUUUUCAGUGACGGAACCCAGCUCACCGUCCUAGGUCAGCCCAAGUCUACACCCUCAGUCACACUCUUCCGGACAUUCUCUGAGAUCACGGACGACAAGGCCACCCUGGUGUGCCUCAUCAGUGACUUCUACCCCAGCAGCGUGACGGUGGCCUGGAAGGCAGACGGCAGCCCCGUCACCCAGGGCGUGGAGACCACCAAGCCCUCCAAACAGAGCAACAACAAGUACGUGGCCAGCAGCUACCUGAGCCUGUCGCCUGACAAGUGGAAAUCUCACAGCAGCUUCAGCUGCCUGGUCACGCACGAGGGCAAAACCGUGGAGAAGAAGGUGGUCCCCUCACAGUGCUCUUAGGUCCCCGACACCCUCCCCCACCCAGCGGGGCCUGGAGCCACAGGACCUCCAGGACGAUCUUCCCUCCCCGCAGGGUCAUCCCAGCCCUUCUCCCUGUAUCCAGUCAACACUCAAUAAAAUGCUCUUUAUUCAGUCAGAAA